GGCGAGUCUUUCGGCCGGUCCCCCGGCGAUUGCCGCCGACCGCGUUACGCGCACACCGCCGUCGUCCCGCCGCCAAAUCCACCGCGGCAGUGCUCUCUCAGUGUCGGUUCGUUGAUCACACGCAAUAUAUGACGCACGCACCGCGGUCGUCGGCUGUUCAACCAAACCAUUAACAACAAUAAUUAUUUAUUAAUCGCAAUAGUACCUAAUAUCGCAAUCGUCGUUUUACCCGCCGCCCGCGAUUGUUAAUCCGUYCUGUUUGAAAUUUAUAAUAACAGCAGUAAUAUUAUAAAUAUAAUAUAUCGACCGUACGACUCGGCCGUAUAAUAGCGCGGCGCGUAUAGGCUGCGACGACGUCGUUUGUUGUUUGUUCGACGGAAGAGCUUAAUAUUUAGCGACGCUCGUUCGGGGUGUGUCUAUACGUUUUUCACUCCCGCGGUGCAUCUACGCGAUAUUGACGAACGCGCAUUUGUUGAUUCUGUUUCUACGUUGAUCAGCCGACGAAAACCGCGACGUUUCGGUCCUACCGCCGCCGAGUCGUUCGCGUACACCACGCGGGUGUUGCACCGCCAAAGCCGUCGCAAUCUUCGCGAGUAAUGCUCACUGCGAACCCGUGACACCCCACUCGCGCGACGUGCCUACACAUUCAUAUGUACCUAGAUUACGUCCGCGGAGAACGCAGCCCCGCACGACGACCCUGUUGACUGCCGAGGUCCAUGCGACCCUCUUGCACGCGCUGCUCCGAACGUCCACUGUCCGCAGCACGUCGUCCAGGAUCUCACUGAAAUGAGACGGCUCAAAAUUAUAUUCAUUUGUAAGCUGACGAUAUGUUUACUGACAUGGUCUGUAUUUGUAGCAGAGUUAGAUGCGGUACGAGGUUCUGCUGUUGUACUUCAAGCGAGAGCGAAAGCGGAUAAAAAAACUUCGGAACCGGAUGAAGCAGUCGACGUGGACGAAAAUGGGGAACAAACAGUCGARUUGAACGUAACCACGACCACCAAACCCACGUUGACAGGCAUACCGCAGAUCGACUACGUGCACGAUCCGAACUUGCCGCGAGAGCUGAACGGUUAUAACUUGACAGAAUAUCCGUUCCUAAACUCGGUGCCGGCAGAUAUCGAAUUCAAAUGCGAUGGAUUGCACGAUGGUUUCUAUGCUAGCGUACCCCAUAAAUGUCAGCUCUACCAUCACUGUCUGUUCGGCACGAGGUUCGACUUCUUGUGCGCCAAUUACACAGCUUUCGAUCAAAAGACGUUCAUUUGCCAUUUCGUGUCCCAGGUGGACUGCCCAAACUCGGCCAAGUACUUUAGCAGAAACGAUGCGCUGUACAAAGCCGCCGAGACGACGACGCUGCCGACGACCACCACGUCAACAACAGCCGCGCCACAGCAACAACAGCAACAACAACAACAACAACAGCAGCAACAACAACCGUUCUACCCGCAGUACCAACAGCAGCAGAUGCCGUACGAAGGUCGCAGGGCCAUGCCACCAGGUUACGCGCAGGGCCGGAAACGCAGGCCCACGUACAGGAGGCGCAGGCCAGUGUACGAAUAUUAUUACGUGGAUGACUACGACGACCAACAGGAGUAUUACGACGACAGCGUCGAGCAAAUGCCGGUGGCCAAAAAACCCAAAAGAAAGCAUUCUAGGUUCAACAAUUAUAAGCAGGCCGACCUGGAAGCCGAUUACCAGGAAAGCAGUUCGGAGUCGGACGCCAUGCCGAGCGGUAACUUUAAGCAACACAGGGGACAACACGCGCCGCAGCAACACCACCAGCAGCAACAGCAGCAGCAACAGCAACAGCAACAGCACCAGCAACAGCAACAGCAACAGCAGCCGCGGCAUCAGCAACAGCAGUCGUCUCCGGCAGUGACGAAGAACGUGUCCAAUCAGAUAUCUUCGGUGUACGACAAGCCCAGGGCCCCGCCCAAGAUCCGCCGCCCGGUACCCAUCAACGAACGGGACCGAUACGAUUACGUUUCGAAGUCCAGUCCGCAAUCAGGUCCGUCAGAUGAUUUCGCUCCAGUGUCCACCACCGCGGCCACCACCACCACAACCGCCACUACUACCACCACCACCACCACCACAGAAGCCGCGACGACAAAGUCGGGAUCCAGAGGCAGAGAGCCACCGCUACGGCAAGUCACUACCGAAGAUCCGAUCGAGUAUUACGACGACGACGAGGAAGUGGUGGCCGACGACGAGUACGCCGUGGAACCGGAAGUACCAGCAGCAGUGAAAUCCGCAGUGGCAGCCACGGCCGCCGCAUCAAAACCCGACCAGGUGUACAAGCCGGUCAAGGCAGCCGCCAGGACGGCCGUGGUGGUCGAUUACGACGUGGACCGCGCGAGGCGUCCGUCGGCGGCCGCGGCGGUAAGAUCUAAGCCGGGCAGAUCACCCGCAGUCGUUGCGCCGCCACCACAGCAACCUGCGGCGCCGAGGAAGAGGCCGACGUCCGAACGCGUGGCCGACGAUUACGAGGACGAACCUGCACCGGCGGCGGCCACGAAACAGUCGAUCAACGCGGCGACCAAGCAACGAGCGUCCGGCCCGUUCCUGAUGCGACCCUCGAAACCGGCCAAAGUCAGAUCUCCGCCGCCGGUCGACGAUGACGAGGGCGUGGACGAACCGGCGGCGGCGGCGGAGACGGUCUACCAGCAGCAGCAGGCCAGRCAGCCGCAGCGCGUGAGCGUCAGACAAGUGAUGGCCGUGGCGCACAACAACAGGCAGAGGCCGCAACAGCAACAGCAGGCCGCGGCGGACCGGCCGCACGCGCAGUACAACAACAAGCACGCGAGGGCGACGUCCGCGGCCAACAGGAGGCCCAUGCGGCCAGUCUACGAGUACGCCGACGAGUACUAUGACGACCAAUAAUGAUGUGAUGAUGAUAAAUAUUAAAAUAAUAUAUCGAUGACAACGAUCAUAAUAAUAUACGAUAAAACGUACAGCCGUCAAGCGAGUUGGUUAUAAUGAGCGAUGUAUACAUAUUUAGCAGUGGAUCUGCUCGGAGCGGUACAGUUAUAUUAUUAUUAUUAUUAUUAUUGUUAUUUUUAUUUUUAUGUUAUAUUAUUUUACGUGUGGCGACGAAUUUUCUUAACUGCAAGACAACCGAAAAAGCGUAUUUUAUUAUUAUUAUUAUUAUUAUUAUUAUGAUUAUCAUCGUGAGUCGGACACGUAUGUUUUUAUGUAAUAGAC